GAAAUCACAGCUUCGCCUUAGCCUUACCAGGGCCCUGUCUAGCCUCCCCGUUAGCUGGCUCACAAGGCCUCAAAGUCAGCAGCCCACCCUUCGAGCAGCUUCUGCUCUCCCCAAUGAAACAUCGUCAUCAGCUGCCCACUGCGAAGAGGCCCGCUAUUGGUACUGUCCUGACGUUAUCCUGCUUCCUCCGUUGGUGCCGUCUCGACACCCAAAAGCCCUAUUACAGCAGGGGGGUCCUCGGCCUCUGCGACUCUUCUGCGUCAUAUCCUUUGCAUUCCCACACACAAUCGUUACCCCUCCUCGUGCUCUUCAGCCUCUUGGGAUCCUCUACUGUUUUUACUGUGUCCCUCUGGUUGCCUGGCUGCCUUUUCUCUUCCCGCCUCAUCUUCCGACACCUUUAGCUCUUCUGAGUGACGUCUCCAGCAGCAGAAGCAGCAAACAAAC